UCAUAUGUACAUUAGUAAUAUUAUCACUGCAUGUUCAUUCAAUCCAAUUUCUGUCUUGUUACUAGCCUGAAUUCCAAUUUAUUCUACCACCCCCGCGAUAUGAAUGUUUUAUUUUGAAGGUCUCUGGCUCCUCCAACUACUUCCGUGUUUGCGCCCGUCCUUCUUGCCGCAUCUCGCUGCUCCUGCAGACUCUGUGAAGAGUGUCUUGUGGCUACUGUUUUGGAAUAAAUAAUCAUGUCUCUGGAGGUGGAAUCCGCAGACGUGAUCCGUCUGAUCAUGCAGUACCUGAAGGAGAACAAUCUGCAGCGGACUCUGGUCACCCUGCAGGAGGAGACCACCGUGUCUCUGAACACCGUGGACAGCAUAGAGAGCUUUGUGGCCGACAUCAACAGCGGCCACUGGGACACCGUGCUGCAAGCCAUCCAGUCCCUCAAGCUGCCGGACAAGACCCUGAUAGACCUCUACGAGCAGGUGGUGUUGGAGCUGAUCGAGUUGAGAGAGUUGGGCGCCGCUCGUUCCCUCCUCCGGCAGACCGACCCCAUGAUCAUGCUGAAGCAGACCCAGCCGGAGAGAUACAUCCACUUGGAGAACCUACUGGCUCGCUCUUACUUCGAUCCCAGAGAGGCGUAUCCCGACGGCAGCAGUAAGGAGAAGCGCCGGGCGGCCAUCGCUCAAGCCCUGGCGGGGGAGGUCAGCGUGGUGCCGCCCUCUCGUCUCAUGGCGCUGCUGGGACAGUCUCUGAAGUGGCAGCAGCACCAGGGCCUCCUGCCGCCCGGUAUGACUAUUGAUUUGUUCAGGGGGAAGGCUGCCGUUAAGGAUGUGGAGGAGGAGCGCUUCCCCACACAGCUGUACAGACACAUCAAGUUUGGACAGAAAUCUCACGUGGAGUGUUCCCGGUUCUCCCCCGAUGGUCAGUACCUCGUCACCGGCUCUGUGGACGGCUUCAUUGAGGUCUGGAACUUUACCACCGGCAAAAUCAGAAAGGAUCUGAAGUACCAGGCUCAGGAUAACUUCAUGAUGAUGGACGACGCGGUGUUGUGCAUGGGCUUCAGUCGAGACACGGAGAUGUUGGCCACCGGAGCCCAGGAUGGAAAGAUCAAGGUGUGGAAGAUCCAGAGCGGUCAGUGUCUGAGGCGGUUCGAGCGCGCUCACAGUAAAGGAGUGACAUGCGUCAGCUUCUGUAAGGACAGCAGUCAGCUCCUCAGCGCCUCCUUCGACCAGAUCAUCAGAGUGCACGGACUGAAGUCGGGUAAGACGCUCAAAGAGUUCCGCGGCCACACCUCCUUCGUGAACGAGGCGGCAUUCACUCCAGACGGUCACCACAUCAUCAGCGCCUCCUCGGACGGGACCGUCAAGAUGUGGAACAUGAAGACCUCCGAGUGCACCAACACCUUCAAACCUCUGGGCACGUCGGCCGGCACCGACAUCACGGUCAACAACGUCAUGCAGCUGCCCAAGAACCCGGAGCACUUUGUGGUGUGCAACCGCUCCAACACGGUGGUCAUCAUGAACAUGCAGGGGCAGAUCGUGAGGAGCUUCAGCUCCGGUAAGAGGGAAGGCGGAGACUUUGUGUGCUGCACCCUGUCGCCCCGUGGCGAGUGGAUCUACUGCGUGGGAGAAGACUUUGUGCUCUACUGCUUCAGCACCGUCACCGGCAAGCUGGAGAGAACGCUGACGGUCCACGAGAAGGAUGUGAUCGGCAUCGCCCACCACCCCCACCAGAACCUGAUCAGCACCUACAGCGAGGACGGCCUGCUGAAGCUCUGGAAGCCCUGAGGGGCUUCAAACGGAGGCUGGACGUACUCGCUCUGCACGCCGCUCCGCCCGCUCAGUUUUUUGGGGAGGGAGGUGCGUCUCUUUUGGGUCACUGUGAACUGUUAUUCAUGUUGACGGUCUCAUCAGCACGCCUUAGUAGAGGUGAACCUUCUUAUUUUAGUUUUUUUUGUUCUACGAUGAGAGUUUGUGGAUCAAGAGCCGUGUUUACUGAAUCGUUUUCUCGCCUUUCUUCACACGGAUGAAUUUGGAAGCGUUUUGAGUCCAGUCGUCUGGUCGUUUCAACUUUGGAAAAACUGUUCAAGUGAAGCAGACUUACAAAUAAUAAUCUGAAACUAUUCACCACACUUUAGAAAGGUAUUUUUCCCGAUUUUAAAAUAAUUGCAUUAAUUCCUGGAUUCAGUGAUAUUGUUUCAGGAUGUUCUGCGGCUUUAAAAACAUUCAGAGCGGAGUGCAGAUACGACUCAGUUUUGAAAUUCCACUUUUUUUGUAAAUAUAUUUUCUAUUUGCAUUUUCUGUUUUUCUCUAAGACGACCUGGUUGAUUAGUGUUUAGUUGAAAUGAAAAAGAAACAAAGUUUAAUGGCAUCACUCCAGGUUCUUUUAUAUGUAUUUUGUAUCCUGAAAUGAUUUUUUUCAACAUGGAAAACCAAUACAUUCAAGUUCCCACAUUGAGUACAUGCAUUUGGAAUAAAACUUAUUUCAAUAUCAGAUGUACAAAUGUCCCAGUAGAAAAUUAUUCUGUGCCAUUAAAGCUGUUUAACCAGAACAA